AUGACGAAGCCCUCCAUCCGCAUACCGUUUACUGGCCCACUGCCUCCACCCAUAAUCGUACCUCCGUCUGCAAGCAACCUCUCAGGAGCGAUCAAUGCCCUCUAUUCAUUCUUCACGGCCCCUCCGUCUCUGUAUCUUCGCGGAGUGGAUGUUGGUAGACACUCGCAGACCGUUCUCUUGACCGGUGCCGGUAUCUCGGUGGCAUCAGGGCUCUCGGACUAUCGAGGGGAAAAUGGCACCUACGUCACAAAUAAAACUUACAGACCGAUCUAUUUCCACGAGUUUUUGACACGGCAUGAGUCUCGUAAGAGAUAUUGGGCCCGGAGCUUUGUUGGGUGGCCCGGACUCGCGAAAGCAAAACCGAAUACAACACACUGGGCCGUUCGAGAUCUCAGUGCUAAAGGCUUCGUCAGCACUGUUGUGACGCAGAACGUCGACUCUUUCCACUCGGUUGCGCACCCCGAGUUACCAACAAUCGAACUGCAUGGGUACCUGAGGUCUGUUGUUUGCACCAGUUGUCGGAACGAAUUCUCCCGCGCCGAGUUUCAGAGCUCACUUGAGAAACUAAAUCCCGCCUGGGCGGAAUUCCUGGCUCGCAUGGUCGAGACAGGGGCGCUUGACACAGAUAAUCCUGAAAAGCGGCGGCGGGAAGGGCUUAAACUGAACCCCGAUGGUGACGUGGACCUGGCCGAGGCACCCUACUCCACGUUCAGGUAUCCGUCUUGCCCUACAUGUCUGGAAAGCCCUCCGAGACUCCAGGAUGGCACACAUGCCCGAGUUGAAGUUGAGAGGGACGGAGCAUGGCUUCCUUCUUCGACUGCCGGUAUACUAAAACCUGCAGUCAUUAUGUUUGGCGAGAAUAUCGAUCGUGAGGUGAAAAUGGCUGCGGAGGAGGCGAUUGAUGACGCUGGGCGGCUACUGAUUCUUGGAAGCAGUCUUGCUACAUAUUCAGCAUGGCGGCUAGUAGAACGAGCACAUAAAAGAGGCAUGCCCAUAGCCAUCAUCAAUUUGGGAGGCGUCAGAAACGAGUCAGUCCUUUUCGGUGCCGGGACUGAUACUUCACUGCCUCAUGUUCGGUGCAAUUUUUCAUCAGAGGCCAUUCUACCUCCUGUCGUGGCCCAGCUUCCCAGAUUCAAUGAGGGAUGA